AUGUCUCAGGAUGAAUUUGCAGCUUAUGUGGCAUGGCCCGCUAACCCAGCACAGGAGGGUGAUAGAGCUGAAGCAGCUAAUGAUUUGUAUCUGGAGGAGGAUCAUGAGGAUGUUGCUGAAGGUGGAUUUCCUGGAGGUCCAUUAGACACUUCAGUAUUGACACAUUACAUUCACCAUGUUGCUUAUGCGAUAUGGCAAGGUCAAGAACGGGAAGAGAUCAAGUUGAUCUCCCAUGGGAAGAAGUUAAACAGAUUAGGAUCCUGCCACGAGGGCAUUAGAGACAUCGUUAAUGGUUAUGGUCUGAUCUCUCUGGUAGGCAUCUCCUAUGACUAUGUGGAUAGGGGUCUACUACUGCCAUUUGUAGAGAGAUUUCAUUUCGAGACCAGUAGUUUCCAUCUCCCUGUGGGUGAGAUGACCGUGACUUUAGAUGAUGUGUCAUCGUUGCUGCACCUCCCAGUUUUAGGCCAGUUAUGUAAUCUGGAGGAAGUAGAUUUUGAAGAUAGUAGACGUGCCAUUGUGGAGCUUUUAGGCGUGGAUGGUGGGAGAGCUGGUGUUGAGUUACAUGCAGCUCACGGUGCGAAAGUCAGAUUGAGUUGGCUUCGAUACAUUUACGCUGAGCACUGUGAGCAGCGGCAUUGGGAGUACGCUGCCCGGGCAUACUUGUUGCAUCUAGUUGGAUGCAGUAUAUUUGCUGAUAAGAUUGCCACAUCCAUUCACGUGUCAUAUUUUUUGCUCUUUAGAGACGUACACGCAUGUGACCGAUAUGCUUGGGGCAUUGUUGCACUAGCAUAUAUGUAUGAGCAGCUAGGAGAUGUCAGCUUGGCUUCGACCAAACAGAUGGCAGGUUAUUUGACUCUGUUACAGAGUUGGAUAUAUGAGCACUUACCUACGUUGGGAAGAAGGCGUCUGGUGUCUUCGUACAUGGAAGACAGACCGCGUGCUGCGAAGUGGGAGUCACCGAGGCAAGGAUGGAUCAGGAUUGGUGAAACGUUGUGUCGAUAUUUGCCUGAGCGUGUUUUGAGGUACUUUGGGUUUCAGCAGUCCAUCCCUCGAGACCCACUCGUUGUUGAAGAUGAGGACAUACUGGCCAUCGAUGAUGCUUGGUUGCACUAUCAUAAUCAUGUGGUUAAGGGUAUGGUCAUCGGCAGAUUCCCAUCUGAUUGUGUUGAUGGUUACCUUCCUUGGUUUAGGAUGAUAUCUCAUCCUUAUAUUAUUCAUGCUGCCGAUGACGAUCGACCGAGUCUUGCUCCCAGACUGUGA